AUGUGGACCGAUCGUUUAAUACUUAUUAAAUAUAAUUUUCUUCCAUUACUUAUAUUACGAGAUGCUUUAGAUGAAAUCUUUGCUCAAUAUCAUAAAUGUUUAAAUAUUCUAUUUUAUGGUUAUAAAGCAACACAAGACUAUCUAUCUAUUCUUUGUUCAAUUGUUAAUACUAUUGAUAAUGAUAGAUUGAUUAUUCAAAUACUUAUACUUGUUUUAAUAUUUCUAAAAGGCGUCUCAAUAAACAAUGACCAAAUUUGGAAUUCGUCCGAUCCUCAACGUGUAUUAAAUGCACAUUUUAAAUAUGUUGAUUUACUUUUCCGUUAUUUAAUUGAUCGUUUUUCAUUUAAUACAGCAGUGUUUAAAAUGAUACGUCUCAUUAAUGAUUUAUUUAAAGUUCAAAGAAAUCCGAAAGAUUAUCGAGAAAAACUAAACAAACAAGGCAAAGUAAUGGAAUUAUAUCCAUUGAUGAAAUCACUUAUUGGUCUCACAUAA